GGCCUUGAAAGAGGCGACCAUGUCAUCGGAGCAUAAACCACCAAGCUUUGUGCAGGCACUAUGUGCAGGGGGGAUGGCCGGCACCUCGGUCGACAUCCUGUUCUUUCCGCUCGACACCUUGAAGACGCGAUUGCAAGCACCCCAGGGCUUCGUAAAGGCUGGGGGAUUUCAUGGCGUGUACAAGGGUCUUGGUAGUGUGGUCGUAGGCAGCGCUCCUGGCGCCGCCCUCUUUUUCUCAACAUACGAGUUCAUGAAGCACAACCUCCCCUUCCCAGAUCACCUCGCCCCCCUCGCACAUAUGGUAUCCGCAUCCGUUGGAGAGACGGCAGCCUGUCUAGUCCGCGUCCCCGUCGAGGUCAUCAAGACACGAACACAGACCAUGACCUUUGGACCCGAGGGAAAGUCCUCCUUCGGCGCGCUCAAACUUACGCUCCAGCACGAAGGUGCCCGAGGGCUGUUUCGUGGCUUCGGGACGACCCUCGUGCGCGAUAUUCCCUUCACCGCACUACAGUUCCCUAUGUAUGAGUUCUUCAAGCGGACGGCGGCGAAGGCGCUCGGUCAAGAGCGUUUACCAGCUUAUGAAGCAGCGUUGUGCGGAAGCGUCGCGGGCGGCAUAUCCGCGGCGCUGACCACUCCGCUGGAUGUGUUGAAGACGCGUACGAUGUUGGAUACGAGAGUCGGCAAGGAGCAUCUUCCUUCCUUGACCCAACGAGCCAGGUCUAUAAUUGCGCAGGAGGGCGUGAAGGCGCUAUUCUCGGGUAUUGUGCCGCGCACGAUGUGGAUAUCGGCUGGUGGCGCAGUAUUCCUCGGCGUGUACGAGUGGGGGAUCCAGCACAUCGUGUAGAUAGUUCCUACUUAGAGAGAAUUGUUGUUAGACCGCAUGCCACACGCAGACUAGAUAGAAAGGGCUUAAAAUCAGACUGAUAGCAAGCUCAGCGAAUGAAAUGCUC